AUGGAAGGAGUAGGAUCCAUUCGGCAUGUGCGAUCAGCCGGCCGCAUGGGCCAGCGGACCCAUUCAGCAACAACUGUCGGUUCAACAGACGACAACAUCUCUAUAAGUUCGGGUUACUCUUCGAAACGUUUUUAUGGAUCAAAGACCAGUGCUGACUAUUCGACCAUUCGGGCAGCCGCCGGAAUUUCCAGGAUGAAGAAUGCUCGUGGUCUUCGGAGAGGUUCCAUAUUUCCGAGUGAUAACAAUGGAUCUUCGGAAACGUCGUCUGCGAAGGGACAUCGAUUGAGUAUAUACUCUUUGAGUGAACUAGCCGAAGUAGGGAUCAAGAUGCGCAGGCGUCGACGUAGUACCAUGGACUCAUGGGGAAAGAACAGGACACCGGGAGAAACGGAAUACUUUGAUAAGGUAAAUAUUUAGAACACAGCAGGGAUGUAAGAGUGACAUACAAAGAUUGUAAACAGUGACGUAGAAUAAAGGACACGCCUAAACAACUGGAAAGAGUUUUGUUGUGAGGCAUGCAGAAACAAAGGAACCGCUUUUAAUGACAGGGACCAGUUGUCUUUUCCGUGCUUUCUCUGUGGGUAGAGAGAACAGAGACGGCUGAGAACCUGUCAAUGACAGAAAAAAUCCCGAAUCAUAAGCGGGGAUAGAACUCUUUUCAUCAAGUAAAGAGAAAGGGCAGUUCAUCAACUUCUCGGCAACGCUAAACAUUUUUACCAUCUUGUUUUUCAAAUAGCUUUUACCUCCAUUGGAGUUAUUUCGUCGAGCAGUGAAACUUGUCCAAAUGACGGCAUCACUAUGCCAAUACAAGUAUGAAAAGUAAGUUGUCGUAAGAAGCGUUUGAUGUAGUAACCCUUCUACUUCAAAAGAAAUACAAUGUAAAUGAAAUAUCGCUAAAUUCAGUAACUCGAAGGGGUAAGUUUUAGAAUGGUCUUUCGCACGAGAGAAAGGGUUAUCAGUAAGAGUUUUGGAAUUAAGUUUCAGCUCAUUCAAUAUUCAUAAAAAUAACAAGGAGCUUCCUUUCCUGAGGUAUUUUUUCCGUUAUGUCUGUUUUAAUUUUAAGGGAUAAUGAAGAAGAGACCCAGAUGACUCACACUGUUUUCACACAGUACAUCAAUGAACAAGAAAAUCAAAUGGAAGCGGAACUUGCUUUUGAUGCUUCAUUUUUCAAAGCUAACAGAAAGGUAAACUGACCUUAUGCGAGUUCCAUGUUCCUACCUCUUUAGUAUUCGUUCGCUGUCUGUUGCCCAGUCUCUAAUCUUUAUCGUCUGUGAAGUGUCAAAAACAUGCAAUUUUGGAAAGAAGAGAAGAAGUAGGUUAUUCUAUUGAUGUCCUUUUUCCUUUCCCAGAUGCGGGUUGCCGCUGAGGUGAAGUUAAUUUUAUCAAUUCAACCAGAACAGAGAACAGAACAGCAACUAGCAAAGGUAUUUCUUUUGCAUUUUGCGUCGAACAGUAUUGUGACAGAAUACCUCGUCAAAAUAAGUCACGUUAAACUACAGCAGUCUUUUCGCUCGAAUACUGCUGACACAAACCGAAUCAGAAUCAUCAUGAUUUUCAACGACCUCUAAAGAAAAUACUGAUGGCGUUCUUUAAGCAAAGCUUGUGCCCUUUUUAGCUAUCGGUUGUUGACGAAAAAGCUUAACUUUUAAAAGAGUUUUUUUUUCAUUUUGUCUCUCAGGUUCUCUUCUCCCUGCGAUCAAUUCGAUCGUUUGCAGAAUAUCCUCAGAGAAUUCAGCAAAAGCUCGUCAAAGUUGGUUGGUUUGAAACGUAUGUGUCCGUUAAUUUAUAUAACAAGCAAAUCAUUUAUCCAGUCAAAGAUUUCGAUUGCAUUUGAUUCAUUUUCAGGCACCAGACAAAGAGAGCAAUUCUAAGACAGGGUCACAUACCACAAGCUUUCUACUUUGUUCUCUCUGGUUCAGGUCAGUUUACACUGAUGUGAAGUUCAACAUUCGGGGAAACUCUUCACUGUUAUGAGAUGAAGUGCAAGACGUCUAUCUUGAAACGAGGACUCAAGGUCGGGAAAAAAAAGAAAAAAAAAAGAAAAAAACGGAGAGAGAGUUAUCUACCCCAACCCUGAGUCUGCGUUUCACGGACACCCAAUGUUGACUACACCAUCUAAAUAACAUGUCGUUAAAGGUACACGAUGUUAAUAAGAUCGCUUAAACAAUGAAUGGGAACAGACGAAAAGCAUGAAAUUUUACUUUUCAGCUGUGGUUACGGUACUGGGAGAAAAUGAGAGCUUCGCAAGAACUGUUCAUUUCCUCAGACGUGGUGAUAGUUUUGGGGUAAGUACUUAGCUUUCAUUAUCAAACAACCUUCGGGGAGAAGACUUCGCAGAGCCUCUCUCCAUGUGUCUCCGUGGAACGUGCCCCAAGAGAGAAAUCAACAAUUUGUUUGGAUGUCCAUAUUUUAUCAGUUUUUGCGAUAAUUGAACUGUAGGCUAAUAUUUAGGUGCACUUUUUUCCCCAACCACAGGAGUUGGCUAUUCUACACGACACUCGGCGCCAGUCCACCGUAAUUUCGCGGGAACCUAUUGAACUGUUGGUGAUUUCUAAAGAGGUACGCACAGCAAACAUACAAUAUGUGAGAUACAAUUUGAAACAUUUAUGAGGACUUCAGACGUUUUGCCUUCAAAAAUGUGCAUUAUAGAUUUAAAGGAAACCGGAAUAAAUUAGGGCUUUUGGUAUGUAGUUCCUUAUUUUAAGGUACCACAUGGAUGCGAUAAAGGGGAUAAAGACAUGGUUUACCGACCAACGCGAUUUUAUUUUUUUUUUGCUUCUUAUGUAGGACUUUGUGGACAUCUUCAUGUUAGCGGGUGGAAUUAAGAACAUAAACGACCCUGAUCAUCAAAAGUUUAUCAAGUAAGGAUAGGAAGCAGUAUCAGCCCUGCUGAACACGGUCAUUUCUUCGCGUUUUCCAGUCGAGUAGAGUUAAGUGCGUGGCAAACGCGGAACGUGAAUCACUUGCGAGAAGAGGCGCGGAAUUCUCCUUCGUGCUCCCCUUACGUGUGCCUCGUGUUUUUCUCGCGUUUGCCUCGCGCUCUCCUCGUGCUUGCCUCGAACUACCUUACUUUCGCCUAAAAAUCGCAAAAUAAAUGACACCUGUUCCGACGGCUCUGCGGCAUCAAAAUAUCCGAUCUUGUUUAUCUUAAUUCGUUUGUGAUUAUUUUGAGUUCUGCUACUAACUGAUUCAAGUCCUGGCAUGAUUGAAUGUGAAAAUACAUAGAAAUUUUGGUCUCUAGUGUUGCACGUACUAAAUUCCACACGACCUCUCACCCACAGCUAUUCCAUGUUUACUUCAUAAAAACAAUCAUAGCCUGACUGACAAAUAUUUUCCGAUCAGUAUACAAGUCAUUUUUUUCAAUAGAGGCUGGAAAUUCUAAAAGACUCUAAGUAUUUCAGUCCACAAAAAAACCAUGUCAGCAACAUGUACCUAAAUUGCUAUAAAUGACUAUUAUAAUAUUCAUGUACAAAUAACAAAGAAAAAUUGAACACUUUUUAAUGUAAUCUUUCUUGCUUUAGGAGCAUAGACUUCUUGAGGGGGUGGCCAGUAGAGCUUAUGGCUUCAAACCCCAAAAAAUGUCUUUUCCACUUUUUUAGGUGAGGAAUAUGCUUAUAUGUUGACAGAUCCAACAGUGACGUGAAAUCAGUGCUAAACCGUAUUCCUUUCUACUCUCAGUCAAGAAUUGCUAUUGUGUUACGUCUUCUGUCAUCUCACCUCACGUUAUAAUUAACGGUGUUUUGCUCUCUUCCUCCAGGAGUGGCUCUGUCCUUGUUAGAGACAGCAAUCAUUCGGACUGGAUAUACAUUAUAAAAUCGGUAUUUGUAGUAGGUUCUUGGUUGCUGAAAUUUCGAAUUUGAUUCGAUGAUUUGCAACAUCACAAAACUAUAUCGUGUUCAUUCUCCUUAUUAAAUACAGGGAAGCUGUCAGGUGUUGAAAAAACUAAGAGAAGUCAAAUCUUGUCUCACGCAGCACAACGACAGGGUUGUUGGAUUUGAAAACGGUGAUAUGUCAACAUUUCUCAUUUCUCAUAUCUCAUUUCGUAAUCUUUUCUUCUGCCUCUUUAAGAAACUACCUGGAUAUAAACAAUGACAUGAAAAAUCUUUGAACAUAGCCGUCUUUUUCCGCUCACAGUGAAGAGCCAGGUUCCUAAGGCCUCAUCACGUGACAAGUUAGAACGUGUCAAAGCAAAGCUGUCCGUAGUUACGCUUUUGUUACCCAAGAUGCGUCUCAGGUCUGGUAUCAUAACACACGAAAGUGACAACGAUGAUGACUCAGGAAACGAGGAAAAAACCGCUGAUGUAUUUGCAAUUGAUAAAGUAGCGGCGGCUCAGAAUUCAUUUGCAACAGGCAAUAACGAUAACAGCUAUCGAAAACCUCCCGACGAGAAAUCGAUCAAGUCCGUGGGUUUUCAAGUAGCAUCGCCUCCGAUCUCUAGAAGAAAAGGAGUUGUUAGUGCUCCAAAGACGUCCCUCGUUAAAUCAACCGAUGAACAGUCAAAAAAUCUAAAAAAUGUUAUUGAAUGGAAAAGAAAACUGUCAAGUGAACCUAGAGUAAUUCAGAGAACUUCAAGUGAAACAAACCUUGUGGAUGACGUACAAUUGAGGAAACUGUCAAAUACUACCAUGGUAUUACCUAGACGACUGCAGAAACGCAUGACUCCUGAUUACAGAGGCAAAAGCAGCAACAUGCUUCCUUUACCAACAGUGGAAGAAGAAAACUCUUCUUCAUCCUCGGUAAAAAACCUUGAUACGGCUUCGGUACACACUAUUUUAGAUUAGAAUGUAAUUUGACUGAUUUGUAAGAGUUUCGGCCAAGUAUCUUGAAAACAUAAGAACUAUAGGAAGCGUUCCUUUGAUAUCACCCGGGCAGUGUUCUAAAAUUUAGAUUAUAACGAGAAAAGUUAGAUUUCUGAUGUCACGAGUGAAUGCCAAACCAAUAAAACGCGAGAAAAAUAUUUUCGCGAAUUUUUAAAAUGUAAGCUUAAUUUUUACAACAUUCAUGGUGCGUUUUUCUUAGUACAGCAAAGCCAUGAACAAAUCAUAUGUUUUCUUUUUUGUUAGGCGCCAACGACCCCUCCUCGUCAAAGAAUCAGUUUGCAAGUUGAUGCGGGUGAUUACGAGCAGAGACCUAGGGCCGACUCUAACCCACGACCUAGGACUCUUUCCAGCCCCUCGAGGCGUACGAGCAGAGUGAGAAAGUCUACUGUGAUUCCUCCCUCUGGUAAGAAUCAGCUGAAAAGUAUCUCAAGUCUUUGACUAACCCUCUUUUCUUCGACGAAUGAAAUUUCCUUCCAUGUGAGAGAAAUCAUAAAAUAGUAGUUUGAAUAUGAAAAGAAAAUACUAAAACAUGAUUCGAGGUAAAUACUUCACAUCAGUUUUUUAGAGACGACAGAGCAUACAAUAGUUCUUGUCCAACGCAGAGUCACAGAGACACCAGUUAGAGGGAGACUGACUGAAUAUCUUCGACUCAGUCAGAAUUUGAUUGUGCAUUCUAAGAAACAAAAGGAACAAAAAUUAAAAGAAAAACAAAACAGAACGUGAAUCUAAAAAGACUUGAUAACUUGAAUGAUAGUUUAUGCUAUGACACUUGCGAAAGCUUAUUAUUUGUCGAAAUCAAAACUGACCAGAGUUAUUGGAAACCAGUGUGUCGGACGUUUUAUUAUUAUCUCCUUAAUAUAACGAGCAUUUUCUCGUAUUUCAGAAGAGCUGUCUGAAGAGGAAAAGAAACUUCCAUUGCACAAAAUUUCUGUAAUUGACGAGGGCGAACAAAGACCGGUUAGUUUAUGGCGUAAACUAGGUAGUUAGAUCAUCCAUUGGGAUUUCCAGAAAAGUAAACAGAGACUACUCGAUAAAACUUAUGACAAUAAAAAAGCAAUUCUCUUAAAUACAUCAUUUGGCAGUGACUAAACCUUGUUCUUAUUUCCUCUUUUUCAGACUGAGGUUCGUAUCACAGAGGCAGAUCUGCAUCCAAUGUUUGUCCAAGUUGCUCUUCUUUCAAAGGGAGAUUGUUUUGUAAGGACAUUACAUUUUUCUUUUCCUCGUCCUCUCGUGCAGUCUCUUGUACUUUCGGUUGAAUAACAUAGACAUGUCGUAACAGUGAUCUUUACCGACGUUUUUCUGGGAAUCAUAGGAAAUUUUCUUCCAUUGCGGGUUCUACUGCUUAACUGAACUCAAGUGCAAGUCGAGUAAAUAGGCCGUUUAGUAAUUUCUGCUUUCUUUAAUGAGUAGGUAAGCAAGCCGUUUUGAAUACAACCAUUUAAGUGUCUUCAUCUUGGUGCAAUCCUCAGUAAUAACACAAAAAUGCAUGAUGGCAAUGUUUCCUCGCUGGUCUUUUUUGUUUUUUCUCUUCAGGGUGUGUCUUCAAUGGUGUUUGAUGAGCAGCCUAGUCUUAGUCUGGUCAGUUGGUUAAAAUGUUUUUAUACACUUCGUUCAUACGCUUCGAUCUAUAAACAAACAGUUUAUGGGUUUAAAGAAAGAUGUUUUACCGUCUUGUCACGAUCUGGGGACAAAGAUGCAAUUCUGAGUCCUCGUAAGGAAUUGAAUCUCUGACUUUUCGGACUCCACGCUCCGCGGCUCUACCAUAGAGCCAAAGAGUCUCGUUGAUGAGCAACUCGUAGGCCUUGACUAGGUUCAUUAAUGACACUCGUUCUGCAUAGUGCGUGGUCGACAACCCUGUGGUCGACAACCCUGCACUCUUAUAAACAGAAAUCUACUAAUUCAUGUAUAAUAAGUGUCUUUAAAGUCCCAUCUCUUUCCCAAAACAAUGUUGCUUGGUUAUGAGACUUACACCACUCAUUGUAGCAAUGUCUAAAACUUCGUUUGAGUAAAUGAAAUGAAAGGAAUGUUGAUUUAAGCUUGAUUAUGAAAUAAAGAAAAGUAUAUUUACGUCUGGUCAAGAGAUUGACACAGUUGAUGCACGACACUCAUGCGUGCUGAAUAAUGAGCGUGCGCAGUAAAGAUAGCCGCAAACAAUGGGCGUUUUCGUUCUAUGAAUAAAUUCCUCCGUAGGGAACAAAAGGAGACUGGGGAAAAAAGAAACAAUAUAUCCUGCUCACUUGCUUUUUGAUAAUUGCAUCGAGUCACAGGAAUCAAGCUUCAAAGAAAAGGUCCGAAAGAGUUGCUACCGAGAGAAACUUUUCGAUGAUUAUCUGAUUCCUGUUUAUUUCUUUCACAGGUCAGCAAUGGUGCAGAAUGCAUUAUGAUCUCUAAGAAAUUUUACCUCGCUCAUUGCACUGACGCGAUGAAAAGAAGACUUCUUGUUACGGUAAGGGAAGCAACUCUGAGAAAUCACGAGUGUCCAAGGUAAAAAAAUAACCAGGGGAAAAGGUGCGUCUGGGCAUCCUCGAAUUUGCCACAAAUGAAAAGUCACCUAACAUAGCCAUUCAGGGUAAUUUGGUGAUACUUUUCUAGUCAUAAAUGACACUGUAUGUCGGGUAACAGAGAUACCAUGCGCACUCUAAUUGGUUAAAAUGUAUUGCUUAUCACGCUGGUAAACCUAUAGCGUUUAAUUGAAGCAACGGACUGCACUUUGUAAAACUUUUGAGUUCGGCCCCUGAUUUCCAAGCUCCUCGAGUGUUCCUCCAAAGUUCCAAGAGGCUUAUCGAAGAAGUGUAUAAAAAGAAUGGGCGGUAUACUGCUUCAGGAAAGUUCCCCUCCCCCCUAAUAGACAGAAACUGGCCAGAAAAACGACUCUUCCCUGUUUCCUGUUUGUAGGAAACACCUUAUCCUAACGAUGAAUCACUGCAAAAGAGCCUACAAGACAAAGUAAAUUGGGACGCAUACCGCCGUAAAACGCUGAAAACUCUCGUUCGUGAACUGCCAAGAAAGCAAAGAAGAAUGGAUGAUCUAUUGGUCCACAGGAGAACCAAGCGAGACAUGUCCCUUGGGGAAGACUUGAAAGAAGCCCUUCGAAAAAUCCAGAGGAAAGAUGACGACACCUGCUGACGUCAUGAAAGAGAAAAGGGUCUGGGGACGAGAUUUUGGGAACGUGCAAAAAUAAAUGAACAUUUGGGGAAUAAUUGAUUCUGG